AUGCUUCAAAAGCAAGCUUCAGGAGAGCUCAGACCUGUCGCCUAUGCAAGUAGAUCUAUGACUGAAACAGAGUCCAGAUACGCUCAGAUUGAGAAAGAAGCGUUAGCUAUUACGUGGUCUAUGGAACAUUGGCAAAAUAUGCUGAUAGGAUUGAAGAGUCUGAAAAUUGAGACAGACCACAAACCUCUUGUACCCCUGUUAUCUACGAAGAUGAUAGAUGAGCUACCCAUUCGAGUACAAAGAUUUCGAAUGAGGUUAAUGAAAUAUGAUUUUACAAUUGUGCACGUUCCGGGUAAAAUGCUAUACACCGCUGACGCAUUGUCCCGAGGACCUAUCCAAGAGUUAGACGAAGAUAAUCAGUUGUUAGCUGAUACGAACUGUUAUGUUCAAUCCAUAAUGGUUAACUUGCCUGCUUCAAACUCCAGAUUGGAUGAAAUUAGACGUGAAUCGAAGAAAGACGACAUUAUAAAAGUUGUGAUGCACAAUGUUAAAUUUGGAUGGCCGGAAAACAAAAAGCAAUUAUACGGUCCUGUGAAUAAGUACUGGAACGAGCGAGCGAACUUCAGCAUACAUGAUGAUCUUUUGAUGAAGGGAAACAGGCUCGUGAUUCCAGAAGUACUCCGAACAGACAUAUUGAGAUAUUUACAUGAUGCACAUCAAGGUGUGAGUAAAUCGCGUGAACAUGCGAAGAAUUCUGUUUGGUGGCCAGGACUGUCUCGUGAUAUUGAAAAAGUUGUGAGAAACUGCAAUCUUUGUGAGAAAUAUAGACGAGAUCGAAUCGAACCAAUGAGAGGAACAGAAUUUCCGAAGAGACCAUGGUCACGAAUUGGCGCUGAUUUUUUCUAUUACAAAGGAAACAGCUAUCUUCUAGCAGUUGAUUAUUAUUCUCGCGAUGUAGAAAUUUGCAUCGUGACCAAGAAUGUUGAUACAGCGGAAACUGUAUUGAAAAUGAAGAAGAUUUUUAGUCGCCAUGGUAUUUGUGACGUAUUAUUUUCAGACAAUGGUCCACAGUUUGAUUCAAGACUGUUUAAAGAAUUUGCUAAGAAAUGGAACUUUGAGCAAAUGGUCAAACUGGUCAAAUGGUGA